GACUGUAUUCUUCGUUUCCCAGAUUUUAGAUUAACGUUAACAUCGAAUACAUAAGUUGUAUCAGUAUUAUUGUAGAUUAGGACAUUCCAUACGAAACAGAUAAUUCAAUCGUUGUUUCUAAUAGAAGCAACACCGUAAUAAUUGUCUUCGUUAUCUAGGCAACGGAUAAACAGUAAUAUUAUCGAUUCGAGCUGGAAUUGUCGGAACAGUCGCGCCCAACUUCCAGAAACGACUUUGUCGCGUAUAAUUGUUUCACGUUAUGUCUGAUCUGGCGAAGAAUUUGUUAACGCAAUAUUAUGGGCUCAAUUCGGAAUCACCCAGCAAGAGGUUUUUGUCGAUUCAUAAAUCAAUCGAAGACGCGAAAAAUGAAGAGGAGAAGCAGGUUACCGAUCAAAUUUCUUUAACCACGAACAAGGAAAACGUCUCUGAAAAUGAAUCGCAGAACGACGAGGAUGGUCGAAAACUUAGCGUAGCGAGUGAAUCGUAUCGGAGGUCGUCGCGAAUUUUCGACGACAUUAAUGACGCCUACGAUUCCAAUGAAAAUUCAGACUCGAUUGAAAUUGAUCUCGGACAAAAUAUUUUAUGCGACGUUUGUGAAAAUGAACCUUCCACGAUACACGAAGAAUUAAGCAUUCUUACAGCCACCGAAAUAAAAGGAAAUUACUUGAAAGACACAACCAGAAGCGACUCGAGUCUAACAUUCGUCGAGGACACUUUCACUGAGAACGCCUCCGAGGUUUCUGGAUUAACGUUGAAGAAAUCACAAAGAUCCUCGAGAAUCGGUACGCCUCUUCCAGUCUCGAAAAAGGAGCCUAUCUGCAAUGAAACGUUUGCAGAUUUUUCCAACACUGAAAUAAAACAAUUCCCUAACGAAAUAUUGAACAGAUUCUCGCGAUUAAGGAUGCUGUACAUGGCAGACAACAACCUGACCGAACUCCCAAGCGAAGUUUUCACGUCUUUGAGAUACUUGGAAUGGCUGGAUCUCAGGAAUAAUCAACUUUCGUCGUUACCAAACAGUAUAGAGUCGCAUCAGUGUAUCGAAACGCUCCUUCUUCAGGGAAAUAAAUUCGAGGAAUUACCCUUGGAACUUUGUAAGCCUUAUUUGGAGUGCGAUUGUGUGCUCAAAAAUAAAAUUGUUCGACUUCCAUUUGUUUCAGGUACUCUGGCGAAGUUGAAAACUCUUCAGGUGGCACGGAAUCCUCUUGUAACACCGCCGAAAGAGAUUGUUGCUCUGGGCUGCAAAGAGAUUCUAAAAUUUUUGAGAACAAAGUGGAACGAUGCGCACCCUGAACGCCGAGUGGAGUUCAAGGAAAGCAAAAUCGAGCCCAAACUGUCGACGAUUCUAUGUUACCAGUCUCCUAAAAGAAGCAGGAAAAGAAUCUCGUCGAGCAAGAACACUGUUCGCGAUAGGAACGCGUCUACCAGAGACAAACGCAAGUCUUACAAGCCAAGUAACAGGUGUGAAAAUAAAGGUGCGAAUGCAUCAGCGGAAAAUCGCUUGUUAUGGUAUUCCAAGAUAAGAGAAUUAUUCGCCAGACAAUCAUCGAUAUUACAAAAAGUCAAGGACCAAAAUGUUAUGAAGGAAUGGAGGCGAGACAAAAGAAGCUUCAGCACAGCUAUGGAGAAGGCGAUGAAACGAAACGGAGAUGAUAUUCCCUUCGGUUUCGAUCCGGAAGAUUACGCUUCUAUAUUCAAGCGAAGAUCUAAAUCGGAAAAUCUACGCUUAGGAAAACGAGGGAAAAAGAAAUAUGAUCCACCAAAAAAUAUUAACAAAACGAUAAAAGAUCUGUCGGAAUCUCUGGAUCGGCUCGAAAUAAAAACCAUGGAUGAAAUAACGCCGAGAACAAAACAAAGCUUGCUGGAGAAUGAAAUAAAAAAGAUAUUACAAUUCCAAGCUGAAAUUGAAAAUUUGCGAAAAUACAAUGACGUUGCAACGGUGCCUCGCGAGAAUUGAAUUGCAGUACAAUAAUUCUCUUAUCGUUUCGAUUUCGACUACGCCAAAAAGUAUCAGUCUUGACAUGUUUAUUUAAAUAAAUCAGUAGUAAUCACAUAUCGUUCCAUAGUGUUUCAACUACACAUACAUUACUUACAAAUACACGACGAGAUAACUGGAAAUAUAAUUGUGCAUUGUAAGGUUUCAGACAUUUGAAUAACAUCGAAAGAAAGGUAUAUAUGUAUAGAAAGUUUAUCACUUUACAAAAAUGAUAUCCAUAAAACGAUUUAUAUUAACUCUCUAUAACCCAAAUUAUACGUGGUUUCUGACAAUAAAAUUCUAUUCUGUAUUCGUUUAACGAUGAUUACAACUUAAAUUAUAAAAUUAAAUUAUAUUUCGGUAGACUUUGAGAAAGUAGAUAACGAAUGUCUUUUGAGAGACUGGGUUAUAGAGAAUGAAUUGGACUUGUAAAAAUGUAUCGACGUACUUUCUGUGAAUAAAACGUUGUAAACAAAUAAUCUUUCGAGGAAUGAAUUAUAAAUUAAUAAAUCUGAAAAAGGACGGAAAAUAUCAAGAAGAAUGCUUUCCAGUCUUCCCGUCAACUUUUCUACUCGUUUGAUCGCCGUAAAAGCCAGAGUACAAAAAUCCUAGAAAGUGAUGAUUCGAAUGAAAAUAGAUUCGAACAACACGGAUGGCUUUCACGACGAUCGAACCUCACCGUUCUGUACAUGGCACUACAUCAAAUCCUAGUACAAUUCUAUCUCGUUCAGAAUCAAAGAAUCACGCCUAGGUCCGCGGCACGUCUGUUUUUUUUUUUAAUAGUACUGCUAAUAGGUAUAAGGCAAAUCUCCAAGAUCUCCAUUUUAACCCUUUGCAAUCGGAUGUAAGUUUGGUGAACUCUAUUCACGAUUGUACAGGAUUAAAAUUGUUCGAAAAUACACGGUUUCUCAAAACUUGAAGGAAAAAAGAAGGGAAGAAAGAGGAUGUAUGGAGACUGGUAACGGAAACGUAUGGCUCAGAGUGCAAAGGGUUAAUUUCUUCUUCCAUAUUUACGUGUGGGCGUGUUCUCUUCUUUUCAGCUCUGCAUGUUUGGUACACAGACGCAUAAAAUAUAAUACGGAUAAC